UUUUUAAAAGAGUACUAUAAAAACCAUCAAACACCACCUCUUUUCUGAUCGCCCACUACAACCUUUUCUCCUCUUUAAGCCUACUGGUUAAUUCAUGGAUCCUAUGGAUAUCGACAGCUUGCUUACCAAAGAAGGUGAUGAAACUUCUUCAAGCCAUCGUGUAACUUCUUCACUAAUGCUUCCCAAUUGGCGCGAUGAUUUCUUGACAAAAACGGUUUAUCAUACUAUGGCAGAAGUCAAUGAAACUGAUCAAACCCCAAACCUAGGCGAUUCAACAGCAUCAUCCCAACCAAAGCCUGAACAAAUCACCACUAUCAAUGUUGCGGUCCCCAUCCCCGAUGUGGGACCGCAACUUCAAGUUGUGGUGGAUGAGUUUAUUCUAAAAAACGGCUCGAGCGAUGAGGAAGUGCGUACAGCCGCGAGGAAUGAUCUGAGAUAUUUUAUUGAGCGCGAAGAGAUAGGGAUUACGACGUUGUUGGUUGUGGUUAAGUAUGCUCAUGAGGUUAAGAAUGCUGAUUUGUUGGAUGCUUUUUGUGAAAGGGUGGCGGAUUUGAUCAAGGACAAGUAGGUGGUGGAGGUUAGAGAGAUUUUUGGUAUAGUUAAUGAUUUUACACCGGAGGAAGAACAGGCCCUUCGUGAUGAGUAUCCUUGGGCUUUUGAAGAUUAAAGUUUUGGUUGAAUGUUGGUGGUUUAAUUAUAGCUUUUUUGGUUGUUAUGAAAAUAUUAGGGUUUAUGUGUUUUUACUAUUUAUUGGGUUUGAUUUACUCUUUUCUUGAUGAACAUCUAUGGGGUUUUGAAGAUUAAGGUUUUGGUUGAAUGCAUGUUAGUUUAGCUUUAUUGGUUAUUAUGAAAUUAUGAAAUAUUA